AGCCCAUUGCCCAAACUUGUGAGCCCUUGCGAGCCACACACGGGCUCGUGGCGCUGCACGGCUGGACACAAGCACCAGCUGCUACACAAGUACCAGCGGGAACAAAAAGGUUGCACCUCUAAGCCGCCGACCAUGCCAAAAAAGCAAAAGCACAAGAGAGCGCAAAGCAGCAGUGAUGCGAAGAAGAGAGCCCAAAGCAGCGAUGCGACGCCGGGCACCAGCAUGUCGCGCCCAGCGCUCUUGGCUGCAGCCGUCUGCGCGGUGGCGGCGGUCGUGCUGCGCAGCGCGCGCCUCGCGCGACCAGAGGUUAUGCCGCAGCGGCUCACGCGGACGAUGCGCGUGCGGCACGCGCGGCGCACGGUGCCGUGCGCCACGACGUCGGUUUGCGGCGCGCGGCCCUGCGACCGCGUCGUCAUUGACGACUGGCUGCCGCCCGCGGAAAUCGACGCGCUGCGGGACAUCGCGCGGCGCGGCGCAGCCGCGGCGGACGCGGCCGCGGCUGCAGGCGGUCCGACUAUCAUCGAUAUCAACUCUGGCUUCGUGAUGGCGCCCGGCGCGCGCCUCGUGAACCUCUACCAGGCCAAGUCCAAGCGGAAGCCCUUCGGUGGCGAGGACUACGAGCUCUACCGGUCUGUGAUAAGGCGCCUCAAGGCCGAGGUCGAGGCCGCGUUCCCGCGCGCGUCGGCGCUCUACUUCACGGCGCCGACAUUCUUGACUCGGCUGAGCGGCGAGAACGCGACGUGGGAGGCGUCGGAGCCGCACGACGAGUAUUAUCAGUGGCACGUCGACCGCGAGAACACGCCGCACUACGAGUUCUCGGGGCUGCUCUACCUGUCGGACUACGACGAGGACUUCGAGGGUGGGCUCUUCACGUACGACGACGGGUCGGUCGUCGAACCGCGGCGGGGGCGCCUGAACAUGUUCGCGUCGGGCGCCGAAAACAAGCAUCGCGUGACGCAAGUGACGGCGGGCCAACGGCUCACGCUGAGCUUCUGGUUCGCCUGCGACCCGGCGUACGAGUUCCGAGAUUUUCUUGAUGGGCAGGCGCACGCGCGGUACCGGAGCUAAGCUAGAUGUGUG